AUGUGGCAGGUCGACGUGACGCCGACCUUUGAUGCGCUUGGUCUGCGCGAGGACCUCCUCCGUGGUAUCUACGCCUAUGGCUUUGAGAAGCCCUCGGCUGUGCAACAGCGUGCCAUCAAACCCAUUGUGAAGGGUCGCGAUGUCAUCGCCCAAGCCCAAUCCGGUACCGGUAAAACGGCCACCUUCUCCAUCUCGGCCCUGCAAACCAUCGACACAACCUCGCGCGAGACCCAGGUCCUGGUCCUCUCCCCCACCCGCGAGUUGGCUGUUCAAAUUCAAAAGGUCAUGCUGGCCCUCGGCGACUACAUGAGUGUCCAGUGCCAUGCCUGCAUUGGCGGCACGUCCGUCGGUGAAGACAUCCGCAAGCUUGAUUACGGCCAACACAUUGUCUCUGGUACCCCUGGUCGUGUUUUUGACAUGAUCCAGCGUCGCAACCUUCGCACCCGCAACAUCAAGAUGCUCAUCUUGGAUGAGGCGGAUGAGAUGCUGAACCAGGGCUUCAAGGACCAGAUUUAUGACAUUUACCGCUACCUGCCCCCGGCCACGCAAGUUGUCUUGCUCAGUGCCACCCUGCCCAACGAAAUCCUCGAAAUGACCACCAAAUUCAUGACCGAUCCCAUCCGUAUCCUCGUCAAGCGUGAUGAGUUGACGCUGGAGGGUAUCAAGCAGUUCUUCGUGGCGGUGGAGCGCGAAGAAUGGAAGUUUGACACGCUGUGUGACCUCUACGAUACCCUCACCAUCACCCAGGCCGUUAUCUUCUGCAACACAAAGCAAAAAGUCGAUUGGCUCACCGAGAAGAUGCGGGAGGCCAACUUCACCGUUUCUUCCAUGCACGGCGAUAUGCUGCAAAAGGAUCGCAACGACGUCAUGUCCGAGUUUCGCGCUGGCUCGAGCCGCGUGCUGAUCACGACUGACGUUUGGGCCCGUGGCCUCGAUGUUCAGCAGGUUUCGCUCGUCAUCAACUACGACUUGCCCAACAACCGUGAACUCUACAUUCACCGCAUUGUACUAUGCCACCCAGAUUGA